AAUAUCCACCAUGACUGGUUAUAUGCCCCGAGAUGUUAUGGGAAUUUCAGCUUAUCAGUAUAUUCAUAGUUCAGAUGUGCCAAUAGCUCUCUUUGCACAAAAAGCUAUGUUUGCUAGCAGUGAUGGAACUGGAAUAAUAACUUACAGACUUCGAAUUUGUAACGCAACUUACAUAUAUCUGCAAAGCAAGGGCCAGAUUAGAUAUAAAGACUCAACAAAGGAAGUUCGACAAUUUAUCUGUUGCAACAUUUUGAUCAGUGAUGAAGAUGGUGAUCGAGAGCUUAAAAAAUUUCAAAAUAGAUAUGCCCCACAGCUCAAGGAAUCAAAACUGACACUUCAAGAAACUAAAUCACCGACUAAAUCAUUAAUCAAAGCUAAUGAUGACAGCCUGGCUACCAGGACAUGUUCUAUUCUAGUUGAGCAUGACAACAUCAAACAAAAAAGCUGCCUCCCAGUUAUCGAUGGUUCCAUAUCUGAUGCACCCAUGGACAUGGAUGAAUCAAACACAACUGAAAAUACAAAAAAUAGUAGUGCUUAUUUACACUUGAGCAAAAUGAACUACAAUGAAAACCGAAAUCACUCGUUAUCUUCAAGCUCUGAAAUUUUCCCCCUGAGCUCUGCUGAUAAUUCUCUCAGAAACUCUAUGGCUAAUACAUUUAAUGAUGAUAAUCAGGCAUUUCAAAUAAUGAACUGCAAUAAAACUGUAUCGCCAGAAAGAUUGAACUGUACUGUACAAUGUAAUAACACGACUUCGAGUUUUGAUCCCAUCAGUCCUGUACAAUAUAUCUCAUAUUCGAAUGAUGCUCCUGUUUCUUAUGUUGAACCUGUUUCUUAUGAUGCUCCUGUUUCUUAUGUUGAACCUGUAAUUCAGGAGAAUGAUGAUUUUCCUGCCAUUCUAAAUUCUACCUUUCUUACAUCAGACUUACUUUUGACUCCCGAUGAAUAUACUUACGAUGCUGAAAAAACUUUUUUCCAGUCUCAAAAGUAUACUAGUUCCGAAGUUAAUUACACGCAAAAUCAUCUUCAGGAGAACGUUGGCUCGUUCAAUGCGUCCGACAAUAUUGAAAUGGCACGAGACGACUUUAUGAUACCCCAAGGUGCACUUCAGAAUUAUGACACUAUCAACUCCGAGUCUUUGAAUAUUCCUGAUGAAACUUUCACACGCUUUGAAAAUGAUCACGGAAAUGUAAAUAGUUACGUUAGUCAUAAUCAUUUCUCCACUUUCAAUCCAAAAAUUACUUUUGCUGGUGAUAGCCAAUCAGCUUUGAACACGAGAGUGGUGAAUGCUGCCGUCAAGUCGAUUCCCGAUAUUAGCUCCCAACAGAACAUCGAUUUAAGUUUUCUUGACCAUUUGGUUGAAAACAUCGCGCAGUUUGAUGAUUUUUAUGAAAAUGCCAUGCUUUUUCCGAAGGCGAACCAUACCGAUCAACUUCAAGCCGAAACUGCGAGCAUUAUUUCUGGUACAGAAAUGAACUGUAACAUUGGUGUUUUAAAUAAUACUAAUUGUGCUGGCGAGCUUGGAUUAUUCACGCAAACUAACUCAGAUAUGCAUAUCAGUAAUAACACAUAUUCACCCGAGAAAUUUAAUGCUUGUUCACGUGAUUCAUAUUUUACGUAUGAUAAUAAUAAUUAUGUGUGUGCUAAUGAAAUGCAAAUGAGGAAUUUUAAUGCUGACUAUUUUCAAUCUCAUGAUUGGCCCCUGAAGGAAGAUAAAAUCCCUAGCAGCUCCACCAAGCAAAAGAUUACCGAUCACAUUUAUAGCCAAUUUCAAACAAACGCAGCUAUCCGUAAUGAAGGUAGAGUUUACAAAGUGUCCAGAAAAGGAUUGAAUCAUCUCCAUCCCAGCAUGAAUUCACAAUCAUCAUUAAAUCACGCACAAAAUGAAUGGGAUAAUCAGUCAAGAUAUUCCCUGUGUCCAUCAUUUCAGGAAAGCAUGCUUGGAAAUCUAAAGUGAACCGAACCAUCCAACAAACAAGUCAAUAUUCUUAAUGCAAGAGAAAAACAGCGAGAGGAGUAAUGAUCUUGGAGAAUGAGCUCUAAUUUUGUGUCAAUUGAGCCUGUGUGUCAAACGUAUUCAUAUAAUGUUAAUUUGCUGAUACAAAUCUUAAUAUUUUGUGUAAGUAUUAAGUUUUUUAUACAAAUUUUAGCGGGGUUUUUUUAGAAAUUGCGACUUUUUUAAACAAAACCA